AUGAAGGUCCUAACCAAGGAAGAAGAGCAGGCACAUUACAAUGCCACCAUCAAGGGCGGAGCAAUCGGUGGUGUUAUCGGCACAUCAAUCGGCGCCCUAGGCGUUGUGGCGGCGAGCAGAAGAUUCCACUCUUUUAGAGCACUCACAAUCCCGUUCCGAGCUUUCCUCGUCGCCUCGACAGGAACAUUCGUCUCCGUCAUUGCCGCCGAUCGCGCCUCAGCCGCCUACGACAUCGAGCACACUCCCGAAAAGAAAGCGCAAGUCGAGCGCGAACGCGACCGCGAAGCUCUCCGCGAGGCCAACAAAUCCGCUUUCCAACGUACCAAAGAAUGGGCCGCGGGAAAUCGAUACCCUCUACUCUUCGGCUUUUGGGUUGCCUCCAUGGCCGGGUCGUGGGUGUUGGUUAACCGCAAUCCAUACCUGAGCGGCAGCCAGAAGCUAGUGCAAGCGCGUAUGUAUGCGCAGGGCGGAACACUGGCGGCUCUACUUACCAGCUUUGCGCUUGAGGGCGCGGAUGCGGCGAAUGGGGAGGGACGCUGGGAAACGAUCAAGGUGUUGGAUCCUAAUGACCCCGAGCAUAAGCAUUUGAUCGAGAAGAAAAUUCAUCACGAGAGAUAUGCUGGGGAGGAUCAAUGGAGAGAAAUGGUUGAGGCCGAAGAAGAGCGCAUUAAGGAGCGCGACGCUAAGGUUAAGGCGAAGAUGGAAGAGUCCAAGCCUGCGAAGUCUGCAAAGCCUGCAAAGCCCGCGAAAAAGGAGGCUGAAUCGUAA